AUGUCGGCCGAUGAUUGGAUGCAAGAACUGGACAAAAUGUUGACGAACAUUGAACGCCAGGCGAUGUCUUCGCUACGAAAUAUUAAUAACUAUUUCGAACAAUCAGGUCAAUCGUUCCACCAAGCACAUCAGACAUAUUGUCUGAAGCGUUCAACUGAUAGAUUAAAUGAAGUUUAUUCCAAAUUUGAAUGUGAAUCGUCGUUCAGUAACCGUCAAAGUAGAAGUGUCGAUCCAAUGUCUACCGAUAAUAACAACUCAAAUCCAAUUAUUGAAAUCAGCGAUGAUGAAGAUUCGGAUGAAAGGCCUAGCUCCAGUUCGAGUGAGAUUAAAACCGAGGAUAAUCAUGAUGAAAGCAAUGAACAAGCUUCUGUCGGGGAGAUACCCAAUGUGGAAACAAAAGAAGAAGAAGAAGAAGAUUUGGAAAACGAAGAGAUUCCGAUAGUUCGUGUUCCGGCCAAUCAACUGACCCGUGCAUAUAAGAUAGAGUCAAACUGCUCCGAAGGUGUCAAAAUCGAAAGUGACGAAGAUCAUAACAAAGAAAAUAUUGAAAAUGAAGCGAAACGUGCACCAUCGAAUUCGCCGAGUAUUUUAGACAAAGUUGGUGACAACAACGAAACAAAUGUAUGUGAACCAUACGGGAAGAAAUCACGAAUAUCUAAGGGAAAAGUUGAAUCGAAAGAUGCAAGCCGCGCAAUCAGUUAUGAAAAUAACGAAAAUGAGACGAACGCAGUGAACAUUUCUGAAUCUGUUGUUGAAGUGAAUGUAGCUGGAAAUGUGAGAAGUGGUCAGUCGACACUUGAAAAGUGGUUUUCUCUAAAAAAUAAAAGUAAUGGAAACAAAGAGAAAUCCAAUAGAGGAAUCGCUGGUCAAACAAAGAAAAAGAAAAUGGAUAUUCUGCGAACCCUGAAAAAGUUAGAAAAAAACUCAAAAAUAUCUAGUGAAGGAACAACUCACAGUGGCGAAAAAGCAUAUGAAUGUGAUCGGUGUAAGAAGCGAUUUACACAAAAGAGUGAUCUCACUAGGCAUAUGAGAACUCAUAAGGAUAGUCUGUUUCACUGCUCAGGGUGUCAUCGUGGAUUUUCACAAAAUAUUGAAAAAGAAGCACAUGAAAGAGAUUGUGAACAACGUCGAUAUGAGUGCUACCUUUGUAACAGAGAUGAAAAUAAGAAGAAGUUUGUUACUCUUGCAAAGGCUAAACUAGAAGGACAUAUGAGAAUACACACUGGAGAAAAACCAUAUAAAUGUGAUCAGUGUAAGAAGCGAUUUAAUAUAAAGUGUAGUCUCACUAUGCAUAUUCGAACUCACACUGGAGAAAAACCAUAUCAAUGUGACCGGUGUAAGAAGCAAUUUAGCCAAAUAGGACAUAUGAGAAUACACACUGGAGAAAAACCAUAUAAAUGUGAUCAGUGUAAGAAGCGAUUUAGUUGGAAGAAUAGUCUCACAUCGCAUAUUCGAACUCACACUGGAGAAAAACCAUAUCAAUGUGAUCACUGUAUGAAGAGAUUUAGUCGUCAGAGUCAUCGCAAUCUGCAUAUGAGAACUCACACUGGAGAAAAACCAUAUCAAUGUGAUCACUGUAAGAAGCGAUUUAGUCAAAAGUGUAGUCUCACUACGCAUAUUCGAACUCACACUGGAGUAAAACCACAUCAAUGUGACCAAUGUAAGAAGCGAUUUAAUGGAAGUGGCGAUCUCACUAGGCAUAUUCGAACUCACACUGGAGAAAAACCAUAUAAAUGUGGUCGCUGUAAGAAGCGAUUUAGCCAAACAGGUAAUCUCAAAGCGCAUAUUAAGACUCAUAGGGAAUAA